AUUACAGCUGGAAGGUCUUGGUGUUUCCCUCUAUCUCAGCAGAAGGAGAUCUGUGAUUUCUGUUCUAGAAGGAAAAGCAGCCAAGGACUCCGGAGAAAUAGCUUGCAACCCCACGGACAGACCCAAUCAGACUAAACCGAAUCGCAGAGCGGAACAGGUGAGGGUCUCCCAGCGGCCUCAGUUUGCCAACCAAGAAAUGAGGUGUGGGAAGAGGGCGCGCUCUCAAAAAGGGGGGGAAACAUCUUAAUUCAAAAUAAGGCAAUUGCACCCAGGUUCGCCACAAGCAAGUUUUUCCCGGUGGGGAAUCAGCACUCCCCUUCGCGGUUUGGAGCACGUAAGCGUGGGGGAGGGGAGGAGAGGGCGAGCGUCCCCGCCGGGCCGCAGCCAACUUUGGCUCCCUCCCUUCGCCGCGGGCCACCACUCCUUGGCAAAGGUCACCGGCCGUGGCUCGCAGGGAGCCUUCUCAGCCUGAUCCCACACCAUCACGGCUAGCCGCCGCGUUCGGCCCGAGUGCGUACAAAGCAAAGGCCGCAGACGUCAGCGAACCUCGCUUCGAGACCCUUCGGCGGCUCCCGUGACUACCGCGGGCCGGGGCCAACCCCGCCCUCGGGCCCGUCUGCAACCGACCAAUUAGUGCCCUAUGGAGGCGGGACCGGCGGCGUGAGGCCCCGCCCCAGCCCCGCCACCUCUAAUAAACGCGGCGGUGCGCGCCCCACCGCAAAGAGCUGCAGCUCCAGCAGGGGGAAGAUAAUGCAAAGUGUCAUGUUCCUGGCUGUCCAGCACGACUGCGGAUCCAUGGACAAGAGCUCCGGCAACAGCCCCAAGAGCGAGGAGAAGCGGGAAAAAAUGAAGCGGACCCUAUUAAAAGAUUGGAAGACCCGUUUGAGCUACUUCUUGCAAAAUUCAUCCUCUCCUGGGAAGCCCAAAAAUGGCAAGAAAAGCAAACAGCAAACCUUCAUCAAGCCUUCUCCUGAGGAAGCACAGCUGUGGUCAGAAGCAUUUGAUGAGCUGCUAGCCAGUAAAUAUGGUCUUGCUGCAUUCAGGGCUUUUUUAAAAUCUGAGUUUUGUGAAGAAAAUAUUGAAUUCUGGCUGGCCUGUGAAGACUUCAAAAAAACCAAGUCACCCCAAAAACUGUCCUCCAAAGCAAGAAAAAUAUAUACUGAUUUCAUAGAAAAAGAAGCUCCAAAAGAGAUAAACAUAGACUUUCAAACCAAAACUCUGAUUGCCCAAAAUAUACAAGAAGUUACAAGCGGCUGCUUUACAACUGCCCAGAAAAGGGUCUACAGCUUGAUGGAGAACAACUCUUAUCCCCGUUUCUUGGAGUCAGAAUUCUACCAGGACUUGUGUAAAAAGCCACAGAUCGCCACAGAGCCCCAUGCCACAUGAGAUGAGAAAGGGAGCCCAAAAGUGGAGGACAUUUCAUUUUUUGCCUAAGGGGAAAGGCUGUGACCUGCCAAAAAGACUGACCUUAAACUUAGCCUGGGUGUUCAGGAAACAUCACUCAGAACUACUGAUUCAGAGUUAUUGAAUCAGGAAGCUGGUAACUGUCUAGGAGAAGCUUGUAUUGGGACAGCUUCCGUAGCUGUGUCCAGAACACAGGGAAAAAGUGGUCUGCAUGUGAUGGGUCUCACACUGGGAAGGCAGGAAUGUGAGACCCCAAGGUAUGAUGUGAUACUGUUGGUCCAAAAACAUUUAAAAAAUCAAGAGGUCUGGGAUUAUUUGGCCUUAGCUAGCUGGCUGUGUAUCUUUCCCUAAAUCAGUCCAUGUUACCACAUAGUGGUUUUAGUUUUAGUUAUUUAGGAAUAAGUAAUAUUAAAAUGUUUACUGUGUGCAAGGGUGUUGAAGUUCUUAGGACUACAGAUCAUCAGUACUGUUGUCUCAUGUAACACUAAAACUGAAACGGUCUGUGUUUGAAUUGUUAAGUGGUGUAAUAGAAUGAGUGCUGUCGUGUAGGAAACUACAUUGUCCAUGAUGAGUGCCAAAAACUGUCCUGAAGGCAGCUAAACUUUGACGUGGUCUUUGAAUACUUUUAAUAAAUUUAUUUUGAUAAAUAAUGUUGAA